CACUGGGCUCUGGCUUCCCCCUGGCCAGGAGACCCGUGGGAUGCUGGGCUGGUUGGAGAUGUCUCCCCUCUGUACAUAGUCUGUAUUUAUCAAUAAAGCCUUUUCAUCCUUCCUCUGUCCUUGGGGACAGGCUGGAGGGGGCUGUAACCCAUAGCCAUGGGUGGUCCCUGUGCCUGUCCUCUAUCUGCUCCCAUGUCAGAAUGGGCACAGGGUGGUCAAGGGUAGCCUGGACACCCCAGCUCUGCUCCCUAGUGCCACCCUGACCCUGUCCUGCCAGCCCUGGCUGUUUGCUUGCUAGGACCCUUCCCCUGCGUUGUCCCAUUGUCAUCCCAGCUGCUUCUUAGUGUUGGGUCACCACCUCCCUUUCCUGGUGCUUCCCCUCUGGAGGUUUAAGCUGGUGUCUACCCUUGAGCUAGGUGGGACAGUCCAUGGAGGGGUACAGUCCCAAGACUACCUUCAUGGCCACCAUGGCCUGCCCUGGUGAAAAUAGUGUCCUUCUGCUGUGGGAGGCUGUCACACCCAUGGGACAGGGCACCCCAGGAUGGCCCUGGGAACUGCCCCGGAGGGUAACAGUGACGUGUAGCUCUCCGUCCCUCCCCCAGGUCCUGUGCUGGUGGACAGUGCCCAGUGCAUUAACUGUUCCGGCACAAGGCAGUGUUGGCCUCAUCUUACAAGGCGGGAGUUCUCAGGAGGGUUGAACAAUGUUCCUGCUGCCGGGAAUAGCUGCCAGCUCUGCCUGUUGGCCCCACGUGAGGCCACUCUCCUGCUGCCAGGCUGCCACAUGCUGUGGGGGAGGCCAGGCAGCCUUGGGUACCCUGGCAGAGCUGCUCAGAAUGUUCCACACCUGAGGUCAUCCUCUAAAGCAGCACAGAGGGGCCAUGACUCCUGGCAUCCCAUGCUGCCUGCUGCUGGCUGAGAGACUUGAGAGGACCCAUUGCCUCCCUUUGGGGUGGGCAGGCCCCCCCACCCCAGGCCCCCACCCUACCUAAGGUGCCACAGAACCUCAGGCAACGUUGGUGGCUGCUGCAGCAUCUGAUUGGACAGAGAUGGGAGCCAUAGGACCAUCUUGCUUGCCCAGGGUGGGUGGCACAGGCAUCGGUGCCAUGCCUAUGGCAUGACCCUGGAUCAUGUCCCUGUUCUGCUGAGCCUCUCUUGACUGGCUGUCACAGGUUCUGCACACCGCAGCUCCCCAUAACAAGCACAGAUGUCCUGGUCAGCCCAGGGUUGGGGGGGGGGGGCUCUUUAAGAGGGUGUGGGGCUGGAGAGGUGAGUCAGGGCCAGAUAGCAGGAGCGUGAGCUCAUGGCAAAGCUGCCCCAGUCAUGUGGAGCAGCCACAGCUGUUGGUGCCCUUGGGCUGUGGGACAUAGGGGCCAGCAGCAUAAAGCCCCACGGCCGGCAAAGCCACCGGCAGCACCAGGAGCCAGGACUGGGAACUCCCUGCUCGUGGUAGCAAGAAGAAGAGGACACAUCCUGCACAGGACUGUGCACUGCAGGCAGACAUGGAGCUGGAUGUGGAACGGGCCAAGGAGCUCAUCGAGCAGAAGCUGGCAGAGGAGGAGAAGGAGGAGCAGGCUGAGGAUGGAAGCAGUGGGGCUGCUCUGUGCCCAGACAAGACCGUGCAGCACCUGCUGUGCCUCUGCAGAAACUCAAAGGGGAUGGAGUACGAGAGCCACCAGCCGUGGAGCGGAUGAACACACCUGAGCUGGAGGAGGAGAAACGCCGUGGGCCCAGGAACUGGGGCCUUGAGGCCAUCAAGGGCCAGGAGAAGGUGCGGAGGAGUUCAGUGGAUCUGAGGCGGGAGAUCAUUGACGUGGGGAGCAUCCAACGACUCAUCGAGCUCCGCAAGCAGCGCCGGCAGCGCCAGGCAGAGCGGGCAGCCACCCCCGAGCCCACUCCACCACCUGAACCCCUGGAGAUUGAGGGUCCUGUGGAGCCAGAGACCUUCCUGCGAGCCGCUGUCCAGGGCAAGAUGCACGUCAUCGAGAAGUUUCUGGCAGACGGUGGCUCCCCUGACACAUGUGAUGAGUUCCACCGUACAGCCCUGCACCGCUCCUCACUGGAGGGACACAUGGAAAUCCUGCAGAAGCUGCUGGACAGUGGGGCCACUGUUGACUUCAGGGACCGGCUGGACUGCACUGCCAUACACUGGGCCUGCCGGGGUGGGCACCUGGAUGCUGUCAAACUGCUGCAGGACCGUGGGGCAGACCUCAAUGUGAAGGACAAGCUGCUCAGCACACCCCUUCACGUGGCCACCCGAACCGGACACCUUGACAUCGUGGAGCAUCUCAUCCACUGCGGGGUGGAUGUCAAUGCCCCAGACAGGGAGGGUGACACAGCGCUGCAUGAUGCCACACGGCUCAGUCGCUACAAGAUCAUCAAAACACUUAUCCUGCACGGGGCUGACAUGAUGGCCAAGAAUGAGGCUGGCAAGACCCCGACAGACCUGGUGCAGCAGUGGCAGGUGGACACACGCCAGGCGCUGGAGACCAAGGAGCAGCCACAGGGGGAGAUGGAGGUCCCUGCAUGAUGGCACCAGGCAGGGACCAAGGGCUGGGCCCAGCUCCAAGGAGCAGGAUCCAGACAAUCUUGUCUGUGUCAAUAAAAGUCAGCAAAGAGCA